GUUUUUCCAGCCACGGAAAUCGGUGAACCGAUCUUUCUAUAGUUCGGAGAUAGGUCGCGUUUAUCUGUACUUUUACCGCGGAUGGACGUGAACCCAGUCACAAUUUAGCCUAGACAAAACAAGAAACCUUGCGGAGUGAAUCUAUUGGGACUGCUGCUGUGCAUUCGGACCACCAAGAGGAUCCUUCCUCUGCGCGAUAUUUUCCUCCUAUUUGGAGAGAAGGGUGUUAUGGGGUGUUAGUUUUCGAAUUGAAAUCUCAACAGUUGGUUUACUUUUGGUACUCAUAGCGCGUUGGUCUAGUUUGUCACACACUUCACGUCAAGUUGCUGAUAUCUAAAACAAAAGGAAACGCUAUAAAGUGCCACGAUCAAGCCCGUCUCUGUGCAAUGCCACAGUUGUCACAUCGGAGCCCAGAUGAGGAAAGAACAAAACCGUAGGCUAUAGCUUGCACUUCUACAGCACGCAUAUUUGCGCCGAUCGCAUAGUGGUAAAUCCCAUCUCAAAGGCACAAUAUCAAUAUAGGCACUGAUUUUUUGUUGUUGUUGGUGUGUGUGGUAUUUCGGUGUCAAACUGUACGCCUACUCACUGAAAGACCUUUUGCACUACCCAGCUCCGACAGAAGCGGAAGAAGAGAGAUACGGGAUAGUAGUGUGAUUGUGUGUGUUGGUGAGCUGAGGAGAGGAGCGCUCACUUAGACCAUCUCCUGCCGUCUGGUUGUCAUGUAGGCUACCUGACCGCCUGACUGCCCUCAGCAUCCGGUUUUGUGGAACAGAAGAAGUGGUCAACGGAUCAUGACUCCACUGUUUCCUUGGUAACUAAUAUGCACUUCCGGGUCCAGACGCUCGUCCACUGAUGUUCAUCUCCCACACCUGGCAGAGAGACCACCACUCAAUACUACUACAAUACCCACAUUUCCUGUCUGCACAAAGUAAGGACUUAGGUGUUGAAGCCCUUAGGUGACUUGGACUUCCUUGUUGUACUAUUUAACUAUUUCCGCACUACUAGCCAGUUCUUAGUUUACAACUGUCACGCACAGUGAUCUUCGAGAGACAGUAGAGGCAGUGAGAGACAGUCGGCGAGUAAAGAGAGAGAAACAAUCAAACAACGACAAAAUGGCCAACAACACGGCGGACCACCCUCCGGGGAACUCUGUCGCCGAUGGCAACCAGGAGGGGGACUUUGGCAUCACGGUGAUGGACCUCCGAGAGCUGAUGGAGCUGAGGAGUGGAGAGGCCGUCACCAAGAUAGCCGACUCCUACGGAGACGUGCAGGGAGUCUGCCGCAGACUCAAGACAUCGCCCAUUGAGGGUCUGUCUGGUAACCCAGUGGAUCUGGAGAAGCGCCACGCGGCAUUUGGGAAGAACUUCAUCCCUCCUAAAAAGCCUAAGUCCUUCCUGGCGCUGGUGUGGGAGGCCCUACAGGAUGUUACUCUCAUCAUCCUGGAGAUUGCUGCCGUAAUCUCCCUGGGCCUGUCCUUCUACCACCCCCCUGGGGGAGAUAGCGAGCUGUGUGGUGAGACAGCGUCGGGAGUGGAGGAUGAGGGGGAGGCGCAGGCGGGCUGGAUCGAGGGCGCCGCCAUCUUGUUCUCCGUGGCAAUCGUUGUCUUGGUGACAGCAUUUAACGACUGGAGCAAGGAGAAGCAGUUCCGCGGGCUGCAGAACCGCAUCGAGCAGGAGCAGAAGUUCACCGUCAUCCGCAAAGGCCAGGUCAUCCAGAUCCCCGUGUCCGAACUGGUGACAGGAGACAUCGCCCAGAUCAAAUAUGGUGACCUGCUGCCAGCUGAUGGUAUCCUGAUCCAGGGCAAUGACCUGAAGAUCGAUGAGAGCUCUCUGACCGGCGAAUCAGACCAAGUCAGGAAGUCACUGGAGAAGGACCCCAUGCUGCUGUCCGGUACCCAUGUGAUGGAGGGAUCAGGCAGAAUGGUGGUGUCUGCGGUGGGUCUCAACUCCCAGACUGGAAUCAUCUUCACUCUGCUGGGGGCGGGAGACAGCGACGAGGAAAAGAAGAUCAAGAAAGGUAAAAAACAAGGACCCCCCGAAAAUCGCAACAAAGCUAAGACCCAGGACGGCAUUGCCCUGGAGAUCCAGCCCCUGAAGAGUGACGAGGCAGUUGAGUCUGAGGAGAAGGAGCCUGAGGUGGAGGUGAAACGGGUGAAGAAGGUUCAGGUCAACAAGAAGGAGAAGUCUGUGCUGCAGGGCAAACUCACCAAACUAGCCGUGCAGAUCGGGAAGGCAGGUCUGAUCAUGUCAGCUCUGACGGUUAUCAUUCUCAUCCUGUACUUCGUGAUUGACACGUUCGGGGUGCAGGGUCGCCCAUGGCUGAAGGAGUGUACCCCCAUCUAUAUCCAGUACUUUGUCAAGUUCUUCAUCAUCGGAGUCACUGUUCUGGUGGUGGCUGUACCUGAGGGGCUGCCCCUAGCUGUCACCAUCUCUCUGGCCUACUCUGUCAAGAAAAUGAUGAAGGACAAUAACCUGGUGCGUCACCUGGAUGCGUGCGAGACCAUGGGGAACGCUACCACCAUCUGCUCUGACAAGACAGGCACCCUCACCAUGAACCGUAUGACCGUGGUGCAGGCCUACUUGGGAGACACACACUACAAGAAAGUACCGGAACCUGACGUCAUCAAACCAUUCACUCUGGAAAUCAUGGUCAACAGCAUCGCCAUCAACUCAGCCUAUACUACUAAGAUUCUGUCCCCAGAGAAGGAGGGAGGUCUGCCCCGCCACGUUGGCAACAAGACGGAGUGCUCCCUAUUGGGCUUCGUGCUGGAGCUGAAGAGAGACUACCAGCCAAUCAGGGACGAGAUUCCUGAAGAGAAUCUGUACAAGGUGUACACCUUCAACUCGUCCCGUAAGAGCAUGAGCACGGUGCUGAAGAACACAGACGGUAGUGGCUUCCGCAUGUACAGCAAGGGAGCUUCCGAGAUCGUCCUACGCAAAUGUUCUCAUAUCCUGAACACAAACGGGGAGCCACGUAUCUUCAAGCCUAAGGACCGUGAUGAGAUGGUGAAGAACGUGAUUGAGCCCAUGGCCUGUGACGGUCUGAGGACAAUCUGUGUGGCCUACAGGGACUUCCCUGCCGAGGCAGGAGAACCAAACUGGGACAACGAGGCCGACAUCCUUGAUGAGCUCACCUGCAUCUGUGUGGUCGGCAUCGAGGAUCCCGUCAGACACGAGGUACCUGAUGCCAUCCUCAAGUGCCAGAAGGCCGGCAUCACCGUGCGCAUGGUUACCGGGGACAACAUCAACACUGCCCGCGCCAUAGCAACCAAGUGUGGCAUCCUGUUGCCGGGUGAGGACUUCCUGUGUCUGGAGGGCAAAGAGUUCAACCAGCUGAUCCGUAACGACCAGGGAGAGGUGGAGCAAGAGCGUCUGGAUAAGGUGUGGCCCAAGCUGCGUGUGCUGGCUCGCUCCUCUCCCACUGACAAACACACUCUGGUCAAAGGUAUCAUGGACAGCACUGUCCUCGAGACACGACAGGUGGUGGCUGUGACAGGCGACGGAACUAACGAUGGCCCCGCCCUAAAGAAGGCUGAUGUCGGAUUCGCUAUGGGUAUUGCCGGUACAGAUGUGGCUAAGGAAGCAUCUGACAUCAUUCUGACUGACGAUAACUUCACCAGCAUCGUCAAGGCUGUGAUGUGGGGCCGCAACGUCUACGACAGCAUCUCCAAGUUCCUCCAGUUCCAGCUCACUGUCAACGUGGUGGCCGUCAUCGUGGCCUUCACUGGCGCCUGCAUCACACAGGACUCUCCUCUGAAAGCAGUGCAGAUGUUGUGGGUUAACCUGAUCAUGGACACCCUGGCAUCCCUGGCUCUGGCCACCGAGCCCCCCACCGAGUCCCUGUUGCUGAGGAAGCCGUACGGCCGCAACAAGCCCCUGAUCUCCCGCACCAUGAUGAAGAAUAUCCUGGGUCAUGCCGUCUACCAGCUCACCAUCAUCUUCACCCUGCUGUUCGCUGGAGAGAACUUCUUUAACAUUGACAGCGGGCGUAACGCGCCUCUUCACUCACCACCGUCAGAGCACUACACCAUCGUGUUCAACGUGUUCGUCAUGAUGCAGCUGUUCAACGAGAUCAACGCCAGGAAGAUCCACGGAGAGAGGAACGUCUUCGAGGCCAUCUACCGUAACCCCAUCUUCUGUAGCGUGGUUAUGGGAACCUUCAUCCUGCAGAUUGUCAUUGUCCAGUUUGGAGGAAAGCCCUUUUCCUGCACAGCUCUGAGCAUCGACCAGUGGCUCUGGUGUGUCUUCAUUGGAGUGGGAGAGCUGCUCUGGGGACAGCUGAUCACAGCCAUCCCCACCCACCGCCUGAAGUUCCUGAAGGAGGCUGGCCACGGCACCCAUAAGGAGGAUGUUCCCGAAAACGAGAUGAACGAGGGGGAUGAUGAGAUCGACCAUGCUGAGAUGGAGCUCCGUAGGGGACAGGUCCUCUGGUUCAGGGGACUCAACCGCAUCCAGACUCAGAUUAAGGUGGUCAAUGCGUUCCGUAGCUCCCUUUACCCGGGGCUAGAGAACCCAGAAUCCAGAAACUCCAUCCAUAACUUCAUGGCCCACCCUGAGUUUGUCCCCCUGUCUGAGGAGGAGGCGCAGAUCCCUGAGAGAGAGGAGUCCAGCAGCGAUGAGGUGGAUAUGGAGAUCCAGCCCAUCCCCAGCUCCUCGACUGGGAGGGGAGAAGCUCCAGACGUCAGCCAUGAGACCUCCUGCUGAUCACCUCCUCUCUUCUCCGCUCUGAUCUAUCCAUCCACCCCUGUCGGCCAGCUGGCUUCCCCCCUGCAGUUCCUCUCCUCCACCAUGAGGAGGACCAGCGGUGCGCCCCUCAGAUCCUUAGACUCAUCCCACAGAGGGUGCACCCAGAGUGGGCAAGGGGUCCCGGUGCCAGCGCCUCCCCCUCUUCACCUCUUCCCUCCACUUCCUGAACCCUACACCCACCUCUCACCUGACCACCCCCACCUUGCCAUUCUCAUCGGCUUGCACUGACUGUGUCGCGUGUGCCCUUUAAGUCUGUGCAGAAGAGUGACAUGCAGAGCAUCCAAUCACAUUGUACCCCUAACUCAUGGGUGGGAAGGACCAUUUGGGGUCCACCAAUCUGCUCCGUCGAAGGCCGUAGCCUGUCCUUCUGUCCAUCUUUGGGGUUUUAUAUCAGUUUUUUUUUGGUUUUACCUCAGAGUAGCCUAGAACUGAAACGCAACAUGUUUAUCCUUCUGUACUAGCUUAUACUCUGCAUACGCUAACUGGCACAGAACUUUAAGAAUAUACCCAUGUGUACAUUAAUAUUGUAUGUACAUACAUGUAACUGCCAAAAUAAAGAAGACACUUAAUUAAGUGAGGGAUACAAAGUAUAUUGAAAGCAGGUGCUUCCACACAGAUGUGGUUCCUGAGCUAAUUAAGCAAUUAACAUCCCGUCAUGUAUACAAAUACCCAGUUGCCCAUUAUUUUGGCUACCAUGGUUAGAAGAAGAGGCCUCAAAGGAGCGUAGGGGGUUUAAAGUGUGUGUGUGUGUGUACGUGUCUGUCCCUCGAUCUCAACCCAACUGAACGCUUAUGGGAGAUUCUUGAGCUGCGCCUGAGACAGCAUUUUCCACCGCCAUCAACAAAACACCAAAUUAUGGAAUUUCUCGUGGAAGAAUGCUGUCGCAUCCCUCCAAUAGAGUUCAAGACACUUGGAGAAUCUAUGCCAAGUCACAUUUAAGCUGUCGUGGCAGCUAGUGGUGGCCCAACGCCCUAUUUAUGACACUUUAUGUUGGUGUUUCCUUUAUUUUGGCAGUUACCUGUAUAUAUGCUUUAUAGGCUCAACACAGCUCCCAGCUGAUUUGGAUGAUCAGAUGUACAUGGCCCAUGUGAUUAACAGCUUUCAGCUACAAAGUUUCUCUUCUCUAUUUCUCAAUCUGUGUUUAAAUUGUACAGCAUGUAUGCAUUUGAUCUGUUUUGAAGCAGGAUGUACUGAUGGGUUAUUCAAUUCAAUGCAGGAAACCAUGUCUUCAUUAAUUCUGAUACACUACAGCUUUUCAAUGAUUUACGUUCAAUCAUCUAAACAACUCACUUUAAUUUGGUUCUUCUGGGUCCAUUUGACAUGAUUCCAUUAUGAUUUAUCCUGUUUUUGUUGAAGGACAGUGUAAAGAAUGCUAUGAUAUUUUAACAGAAAAGUGAAUUCUCUUAAAACAACAUUUUCAAGGUAAAGCUUGCAGCAGGCUAGAGCCAGAGGGCACCACCUCUCUGUGGAGUAGGGUCAUAGCAAGACGAUGUGGAGGUAAAAAAAGGGGAAGGGGCAUCGCCCUCAUCCGAUGACCUCAUCCUUAUCUCAUCCAAUCAGAGUUCUGGUUUUCCCUAGCCCCUUGAGAGUAAGUUGCUUACGAAACUGCCUCAAUAUGGAGUAAGAUUAAGAACGUCAGAGUGAAGUGAAUGAUAUUUCACCCCCAUCUCUCGUAUGCAUGACGUAUAUUAUCCAUGUCUCAUCUGUGUUGAGUAGAAUGGGAAUUUAGAGAUGGGUUAUGUGAAACAUUAUUUGGGGUGGGGUUAGGACGUACGUAUUCCUGUGGACAGAAAUGGGUCAUUGUUUUUGCUUUAGUCUGUCUCAACAAAAAAAAUCCACCAAAAAAAUAAAAGUCCACACAAAUACAUUCUCUGUAACUUAACAAGACAAAUCUAGUUCUCGUUUUACACUGUUGACAAAGGGACGUUGGGCUUGUUCCUGUUAGCUCCGGUGUGAGUGUGUUAUGUUGUUAUCGAGCAUCACUGUGUUGGCAGCAGAGUGACACAGGGGACUAUCGAUCUCUCCCAUCAUGCCUCUGGGAGAGCCAACCGUGAGCGGCCCAGAUAUAAAUCCAAUAUCUCCCCCUCCCUCCUCACCCCGCCCCGCUCCCUCACACCCUCCCUCCUCCGGGCUGCUAGGAUAGGGACACGGCACAUCCCCACAUGUCCUCUAGGGUCAACCAACCACAGAUAAUGGCGUAACAAUAAGAGGAAUACUCUAACAAGAAGAAGAAGAAAAAUACUCAACCAGAGAUGUGUAUGAGAGCUCCUGUAUUCAGUAGUGUAUGUUGUUGUCAGAGGUGUCAUGCCCGUAGGGGGCACAGGGGCACGUGCUCCCUCAGAUUUGUCAUGUUUAAAAUAUAUUUUUUGGGGGUCUUUUUUUCUCUCUGUAAUACUACUAGGCACCUAGCAGUUUUAUAUAACUAGCUACCAAGAAACCAU